AUAGUGGUUAACCAAAUAACAUGAUCGGAUUUACUCUACUCACCCUUCUUGUAAGUCUCGCUGUGGUCAAUCCUCAAAGCGGUGAUGGUUCUGACUCUUGCCAAGGAAGAGAUCCUGGCUUAUAUGCGCAGGGCUGCUCCUCUACUGUAACAGCUUGCACAUCGCUUGGAAAGGAAAUCUCAUUCAUGUGCCCGUUCGACUUGAUUUUCGAUGAAUCCCUUGAAGAGUGCGUCGAUUACCGAGUAAGCGCGAAUUGCUCCACGGAUGAGAAGCAAUCAAGGAAUGGAACAAAGCUGCAAACACUUGCAGACUUGCCCCAUGAGCUCUGUGCCAAUGUAUCAGAAGGUAUUCAUGCUCUCACCGGAUGUUCCACUGCUGCUAUUCGCUGCAUCUCGGGAAAAGCCAGCCUGUUGGAAUGUCAAGGCGGUCAGGUGUACGACGAGACGCAAUCCCUAUGUGUGGGACCAGGAGAGCUCGAUGCUUGUAAUCUUGCUACUUCUGGCACUGAAACUACAACUGCUUCUUCCGAGGAAUCAUCUGGAGCAGAACCAAUAUUGGGCAAUGGGACAACGAAAGAUUGCGGAGAGUUGACUGAAGGGUUUUACGACAUCGCAAAAUGUUCACCGUAUUACCUUAAUUGUCUCGGGAACUUAGCUCGCGUUGCAAAAUGUCCGGACAAGCUCGUUUACGCUAGGAACAUAAGUGGUUGUGUUGAGCCAACAUAUGUGGACGAAUGUAAUGAACAGUUGGGAGCAGCUGCUGAUUGUAAAGAAGACGGCUUUUUCUCGUAUGGAAAGUGCACGGAUCUAUUCUAUGGCUGUACGAACGGACGACAGUUCACUAUGAACUGUCCUGCCAGCCUAGUAUUUGACGAAAAUAGACAAAUGUGUGAUUACCCCGACGCUGUAGAUAUUUGCGCCGAAUCCUCUGCGGAAGAGUCUGGAUCCGGCUCAGGAGAGGAAUCGAAUUCUGGAUCUGCUGAAGAUACGGGUUCUGGCUUAGGUGAAGGAUCAGGCUCAGGAGAAGAAUCUGGCUCAGGAGAAGAGUCGGGCUCAGGAGAGGAGUCGGGUUCAGGAGAGGAGUCGGGCUCAGGAGAGGAGUCGGGCUCAGGAGAGGAGUCGGGCUCAGGAGAGGAGUCGGGCUCAGGAGAGGAGUCGGGCUCAGGAGAGGAGUCGGGCUCAGGAGAAGAAUCAGGCUCAGGAGAAGAAUCAGGCUCAGGAGAAGAAUCAGGCUCAGGAGAAGAAUCUGGCUCUGGAGAAGAAUCUGGCUCUGGAGAAGAAUCUGGCUCUGGAGAAGAAUCUGGCUCUGGAGAAGAAUCUGGCUCAGGAGAGGAGUCGGGCUCUGGAGAAGAAUCUGGCUCAGGAGAAGAGUCGGGUUCAGGAGAGGAGUUGGGUUCAGGGGAGGAAUCGGGCUCUGGAGAAGAAUCGGGCUCUGGAGAAGAAUCUGGCUCAGGAGAAGAGUCGGGCUCUGGAUCCGAUAUGAGUGGUGGGGCUGAUGCGGAGAAGAUUACUGGAGGAGAGUCCGGUUCUGGCGAAGGCUGCGGACAGGACUCUGGAUCUGGAUCUGGCGAGAUGUCCGGAGAUGACUCGGAUGCUGAAACGGAGCUUGAACUUUCAACAUUCUGCGAAGGGAAAUCUGAUCGCUAUUACGCCGUGGGAUGUUCAUCUGAAGUUAUUGCUUGCUUUGGCGGAAGCACAGCAUCACUGCUAUGUCCGACCACCCUGAUCUUUGAUGAAGGCAGGCAAGUCUGCGAUCAGCCUCAAAAUGUCAAAUGUUCCCGAGGACCGAAAGAGAACAAAGUAAAGUGUAAAUGUGACGAGGUGAUUGCGCGAGGUCGUUGUCAAAAUACGUACACGAAGUGUAUUUCAGGGAAGCCUUACACGUUUUCCUGCUCCUAUGGUCAAGUAUUCUCACCAAAGGAGAAGACCUGCAAAGAAGUGCAUCAGGUGCUCGAAUGCUUCGCGAGAUAGGCACAUUGUUUAUCAGAGAGAUUACAAUAUAUUAAUGUUGGUCUUAAUAAUUAAACAAAGUUAUCUAUUUUUGAU